UUGGCCAGGCUGGUCCUGGGGCCGGGCUUGUGCCUGCUGCCGUCCCGUCUGUGGGGCGCCUUGCCCCCUGGGCUGUGGCUGGGUCACACGCGCUCCGCGGGGGCCCUGUCUCCGCUGGCGCGUUGCCUGUUUUCUGAACUGAGCCUCUAGACUGUGCUGGGUCAGGCCGCUGAGCCCGGUGGGAUGGUCAGGCCGUCACGUUUUUAAAAUGUUGGUUUUUUUUUUUUAAAACCUUCUCCAGACCAGGCCAUUUCCCAGCACAACCAAGUCACCUGGAAACCAUUUUUGUGCAGUUCUGGAAAACGGUUUCAGAACAAUAGGCAAAUUGCCACUGUAGAAUAGAUGGGGCUAGAGAGAUGAGGAGGGAGAGAAAGUGAGGGAAGAAAAUAUCUCUAGUUUAUAAAUUAAAUAUAUUAGAAGGGAGCACUGUAAUCCUCUAGUCUGACCUUUUCCCUGCCUGAAGGAUCUUUCCUGCAGAAGAAGAGCUUUGGUCCCCAUUACUACUGUUUUGACUCCUGGGUCUGUACUGACUGGCAAUCUUUAAAGCAAAGUUCCAGUGUCAGCAUGUCCGGGUGCCAUGGAGUCGCCCAGUUCCUCACCUGGGUGGUGCUGAUCUGUCAGGCUGGAUGCUGCCUCCUGGAUUCCAUAGGUGCAGCAGGGAGUUUCAGGGGAAUUCCUGUCAGCAAUAAAUCAAACCUUGACCAAGGUUAUUGUGAAAGAAAAAGAAAAACAAAUAGUCUUAGUAUGUGGAGCCUUUCUUCAGAAAGCCUCAUAGAUAUGCUGCCUGUUGAUACUAUUCCAGAAAACUCAAUUCGUAAAGUACGAGACUGCAUUUUUUCUGUAGCCUACCCUACUCCUUUUAUAUCCAGAGUUCUUCUUGUAGCAGUUUCAAAGGAUGUUCUGGAAGGCAUUUUGGACCUUGAUGUAUCUGUCAAACAAACAGACGAUUUUCUCCAGCUUGUCAGUGGUGGGAAAGUGGUUUUAGGGUCUAUUCCUCUGACCCAUAGGUAUGGAGGCCAUCAGUUUGGUAGUUGGGCAGGUCAGCUGGGUGAUGGAAGAGCCCACUUGAUUGGUGUGUACACAAACAGGUAUGGUGAAAGAUGGGAAUUACAGUUGAAAGGUUCAGGAAAGACUCCAUAUUCAAGAAAUGGUGAUGGAAGAGCUGUGCUUCGCUCCUCUGUGCGAGAAUUUUUGUGCAGUGAGGCCAUGCACUACCUUGGAAUUCCUACAAGCAGAGCAGCUAGCUUAGUUGUAAGUAAUGAUGAUGUGUGGAGAGACCAGUUUUACAAUGGAAGUGUUAAGAAAGAAAGAGGUGCAGUAGUCCUACGUGUUGCCAAAUCAUGGUUUCGUAUAGGUUCCUUGGAAAUUUUAGCUCAUUCUGGGGAACUGGACUUGCAAAGGACACUGCUAGACUUUGUCAUACAAGAACAUUUUCCAUCUGUAAACAUGAACGAUUCAAAUAGAUAUUUGGACUUUUUCUCUAAAGUGGUAUUGGAGACUGCAAAUCUGAUUGCAUUGUGGAUGUCAGUGGGCUUUGCUCAUGGUGUGUGCAAUACAGAUAACUUCAGUUUGUUAUCCAUAACAAUAGAUUAUGGUCCAUUUGGUUUUAUGGAGUCCUAUGAUCCAAAUUUUGUUCCAAACACAUCUGAUGAUGAAAGGAGGUAUAAAAUAGGAAACCAAGCAAAUGUUGGGAUGUUUAAUCUGAACAAGCUGUUACAAGCUCUAAAACCUGUAUUGGAUCACAGACAAAAGCAUCUUGCUUUCCAGAUUCUGGAGGGAUACUCUGAGCAUUAUUAUAGCCGUUUUACAGAACUAUUCAGAGCAAAAUUGGGUCUCCUUGGGGAGAGUGAGGAUGAUAACUAUUUGAUUGCUUUUCUCCUAAAACUCAUGGAAGAUACAAAGGCUGAUUUUACAAUGGCAUUUCGGCAGCUCAGUGAGAUUACUCAAGACCAGCUAAAAGAGCUCCGUGUUCCUCAGAAAGAGUCCACUUCAAAAGACCUCAGUCCCUGCAGAGCAAGACUGCUGCGGAGACCUGGUGUCCCACCUUGGGUAUGCUCUCGGAAUCGAUGCUCUCGGAAUCGAUCCUGUGCCUUGGGCGCCAGGCUCAGCAGAAGAAAGCAUGCUUCAUCGAAGCAUUCCACGCCUCAGAGAACAGUACCCGCAACUUCUUUGGUAAUGUCUACAUCUAAGUUGGCCACUAAGAUGGCGUCAGUACCGGGAAGACACCAUGCCUCUUAUCCACUCUCAGCAGUCCCCAAGGCAUCUUCAUCAGUACCAUCUAUUUCAACCAGAGUGGGCUUGCCAGAACAGCAUAUACCCUCAGUACCAAUAAUGGAAUGAUGCCCCACUCUUCAAACCAACCCGAUAUCAUAGGGGUUCAGAUUCUCAAGGGAUCUAUUUGUUUCAGAGAAGCUGGAGUCUCUCUUCUUGGUCGGUACUAGGAGGUUAUCAGUACCAAGAAAAGCACAGUCACUGAGAUGGGACCUUUCCACAGUACCGCUUGACUUGUCAACAUCUUCAGAGAGUACCGGUGGUCCCCUUCUUGAAGAGGAGGAAUUUUCCUCCAAUUUGAGUAUUUUGAUCCAGGGAUUUCCAUCCUGACACUUCUGACAAGAGUGGGGAGUUGCAUCAAAGACCAGCCCGUGUAUCCCAGACCUUGUUCAAGCACAAGUGGUUGCCACCCCUGUCAAGGCUGAUUCCGCGCUCUGGCACUUCGAGUGCAGAAGGUGGGGGCUCGCAAGGACUCUAAAAAUUAAUACUUGCCACUCCAGGCUUGUAUUAAACUCCCAAGGUUACAGCUUUUCUCUGACCUUGGAUUGGUAGAUGCUGCCACCACCCAAGUGCAGAACUGCUUUGAGAGAUCAGGAAGGCUCACUUGGGAAUUCCUUCCUGUGGGAUACCCUCAAGCCCUUUCACACGCCCCUCCAGGGAAGAGCUGAGUGGGGGGGGGGGAGGAGGAAAUUAGCUGUUGCCACUAGCUAAUUAAAUAGUAUGCACAAACCUCUUAAGACACACAAAUCCAAUUCUGUUUUUAAAAAAGGUAAAUUGUAUUUUAAAAAAAAAAGGAAGGAAAAUACAUCUGGGAACUCAGCUGUUGCUAGAUUUUAAAAGAGCAAUUACAAGGAUUAAGCACCAAGAAUGGUUUUCUUGAGGUCCAGCUUAAAUGUUACAAGCAAAACAAAAGCACUGGGGUUAGCACAGAGGAAUCCACAAGCCAUAAAGAAAUAAAGGGAUAAAUCUAAUCUUGUCUUCCUAGACAUUUUCUGAUCUACUUACAUAUCUGGGGUUUCAAAUGAGUAGUUUCUAGGUAUGAUACUGAUGACUUGUCAUACCUGGUCCCAAGCUUUUUACAGCAUCACUGCUCCAUCCCCCUCUUCCCGGAAGAACAACCACUGACAGAGGGGAAAUUUUUUUCUCAAGUUUAAAAAGCUCUGGCCUUCCCAUUGGCUCUUUUGGUCAGGUGCCCACUCACUUUCUUUUAUCUAUGUAUAGCAGUGAGACUUUUUAACCCUUUACAGGUAAAGCAAGUAGAGAACAGCUACUAAGAGGGAUUUUAUAGCAAGCUGGCUGGCUGGGUGUCCAUAAAAGGGAGCUAUUCCACCUCCCCUUCAUUUAUCACAACCCCCUUUUGGUCCUUCUCAGUGGCCUACUGGGAUCCAUCAGCAGUUUUACCAUGCCUCUAGUCUCUCUUUCAGAAAAUACAGGGGAGAAGUUCUUGUAAUCCAACUUCUCUUCCUCUCUUACCUCACGCACCUUUGAGGGGCAGGAGGUCAGGGCAGAUAAAGAGGUCACUCCCCAAACAAACAUUUCUUCAUCUUCCCCAGAUGAAGCUGUUAUACCUCUCUCACUGACUGUGGCUGACGACUUUGGACACUUCUAAGAGUUAAUGAAGUGCAUUGCAAACUUCCUCCAGAUCAGGAAGUCACAACAUAAGCUCCUAGACAUCCUCCAAUGGACUCCCUCUAUCCGAGUUGUCCUGUUUAUUAAUGAGGCUCAGUCAGCUGUGUAGCUAGGUGGAGUGAACAGGGGCAGCGGACAUAAAAAAAGGUGCCAAUCACUUGUACUCACUGGGCGGCACUCUGGGUCCUCGGCGGCACGAAGGCCUCCGCCGCCGAAAUGCCACUGAGGAGCCAGAGCACGUGCAGGCCCCCACCGCCAAUGAGCUGGAGCACUGCUGGGUGAGUAAAAAUUUAAAAAGGCACCACUUGUGCUCAGAGGGGGAGCAGCCGCUACGCUACUGGGCUUAGUUGGAUCCUGCCAAAUCCGUCUGGGAGUCCCCUGCGAUCAUUCUGCUGAAGUGUAAAUGAACCGAUAAGAAAAUGUUACAUCCCAGCUAAGGACUCUGAAUUUCUGUUCACCAGUCCAACACCAAAGUUCUUGGUUGUGCAGGCACUAAAUGAACACGGCAUAUAAUGUUAUGUGAAGGCCGUGCCAUGUCAUAAGGACCAAAAAUGCUUUGAUCUAUUCAGAAGAAAGAGCUAUUCAUCCAUGACUCUUCAGUUUAGGAUCGCGAACUAUCAAGCUCUCAUGGCUAAAUAAAAUCAUUCAGAUUAUGCCAAAUUCACCACCUUUAUUGAGCAUCUGCUGGAUGAUCAACAUGACCAGUUUCAGGCUAUUGUUAAUGAGGGUCAUCUGUUAACUAGAACAUCACUACAGGCCUCUUUGGAUGCAGCUGACACUGCCGCUCAGUCCAUCUCUGUGGCAGUAGUCAUGCAGAGGGCUUCCUGACUCUAGCUGUCUCGAUUCCCAAGGAAGGUCCAAAUCAUGGUUGAAGACCUUCUCUUUGAUGGCCUCAAACUGUUUGCUGAGUCCACUGAUGAUUCUCUGUGUACUCUUAAGAAUUCCAGAACCACAUUAAAAUCCUUUGGAAUUUACAUGCCUACAAACAAAUGAAAAUUUAGUAGAUCCUAAACUGCACAAAGAUCCCUUCCCACUUCAUUCUCAGGUUUUCAAAGACCGUAUCAACCUCCCAGGAAAAAGUCAAGGUUCCACAGGAAGAGAUCACCUGCUCCUUCUGUGCCCGCGACUGAAUCAUCAUUAUCAUCUAAGCAUUAGUUUUGAUGGCCUGGUCAAAUUAUCUCUCAAUACCAAGCUACAUAUACACCAUUUUACCCAUCUUCCACUCUUUGGAAACUGUUUCUCCCAUUUUCUUUUUGCAAUGGGGAGAAUCACAUCAGACAAAUGGAUGCUAGAGGUCAUAAGAUCAGGAUACUCUAUUCAUUUUACCUCCCUUCCCCAUCCCUCUUCACGGACCCUUCUCCUGAGCACCUCUUAAAGCAAGAAGUUUUAACCCACUUCUGCAAAUGGGUGCAAUAGAAUCAGUUCCUGUUCUGCAUAGAGGGAAGGGGUUUUAUUCCAGCUGCUUUCUGGUCCUGAAAAAGAAAGGACAGUGGAGACCAAUUUUAGAUCUAAGACUCCUAAAUAACUUUGUCAAGUCUCAAAAAUUCAGGAUGGUGUGACUUACAUUUAUAAUUCAGUGAUUACAACUGGGGGAUUGGUUUUUAGCCCUCAACCUUCAGGAUGUCUAUUUUCAUAUCGCAAUUUACCCAUUUCACAAAUGAUUCCUGUGCUUUUCAGUAGACCAGGGCCACUUUCAAUAUCGAGUGCUCCCAUUUGGCCUUUUGUCUGACACAAGAGUGUUCUCAAAGGUGCCGGCAGUUGUCGCAGCUUAUCUUCGACAUCCGGGGAUAACCAUUUUUCUAUGCCUCGACAACUGGCUACUCAAAGGCUGGUUUUACAAUGAGGUUUUUGACACCAUAAAGAGGAUGAGCUCUCUGUUCCAUGAGCUAGGGUUGCAGCUCAACACUGAGAAAUUCAAGUUGAACCCAGUACAAAGAAUAGAGUUCAUAAGAGCCUCCUUGGACACUAUAUCAGCUAGGGCUUAUCUUCCCCUUAAUGGAUUCUUGAUGUUAGUGAAUCUUGUCUCAAAGAUUCAAAUCAGCCCAUAGAUAUCAAAAAGAAGUUGUCUUCAAUUGCUCAGACACAUGGCAGCCUGCACUUCUGUGAUGCGAUGUGCCAGGCUCCACCUUUGAUAUUUCCAGGGCUGGCUCAGGACUGUUUGUACUCCAAACAAACACAGCUUGAACAAGUUAAUGUCGGUCUCUCGUCAGGUAAGAGAGUCUCUCAGUUGGUGGAGGGACAUCAACAAAGUCAUCACGGGGACUCCGUUUGUUCAGCCUCCUCCCCCAUCACUAAAAUGACAGAUUCAGCCCUGAGGGGUUGGGGGAUGCCUUUGGGGACCUUCACAGACCAUGGCAAAUGGUCUUCCCAGGAGAUACGACUACACAUCAACCUCAUCGAACAGAGGGCAGUCAGGAAUGCGUGUAUCCACUUCCUCCCUUUAAUCUCCCUUUUGGAGAUGCCUUCCUCAUUUCAUGAACAAAAGGCUUUUGUCAAGGUUCCUUCCCCACUCUGAACUCUAGGGUACAAAUGUGGGGACCUGCAUGAAAAAACCCCUAAGCUUAUUUUUACCAGCUUAGGUUAAAACUUCCCCAAGGUACAAACUAUUUUACCUUUUGGCCCUGGACUUUAUUGCUGCCACCACCAAGCGUCUAACAAAAAUAUAACCGGGAAAGAGCCCACUUGGAAACGUCUUUCCUCCCAAACCCUACACUCCCUUUCCUGGGGAAGGCUUGAUAAAAAUCCUCACCAAUUUGCAGAGGUGAACACAGACCCAAACCCUUGGAUCUUAAGAACAAUGAAAAAGCAAUCAGGUUCUUAAAAGAAGAAUUUUAAUUGAAGAAAAAAAAGUAAAAGAAUCACCUCUGUAAAAUCAGGAUGGUAAAUACCUUACAGGGUAAUCAGAUUCAAAAAAUUGAGAAUCCCUCUAGGCAAAACCUUAAGUUACAAAAAGACACAAAAGCAGGAAUAUACAUUCCAUUCAGCACAACUUAUUUUAUCAGCCAUUUAAACAAAACAGAAUCUAACGCAUAUCUAACUAGAUUGCUUAUUAGCCCUUUACAGGAGUUCUGACCUGCAUUCCUGCUUUGGUCCCGGCAAAAACAACACACAGACAGAGAGAACCUUUGUUUCUCCCCCCUGGCUCCAGCUUUGAAAGUCUCUUGUCUCCUCAUUGGUCAUUUUGGUCAGGUGCCAGCGAGGUUAUCCUAGCUUCUUAACCCUUUACAGGUGAAAGGGUUUUUCCUCUGGCCAGGAGGGAUUUAAAGGUGUUUACCCUUCCCUUUAUAUUUAUGAUAGCUUUCCAUAUGUAUUUCCCCCAACACCUCUGAUUCUGAAGGCGAUCAACAAGAUCAAGCACAACAAAGCCAUAAUAGUCUGAGCAUAGAAUCAUAGAAUAUCAGGGUUGGAAGGGACCUCAGGAGGUCAUCUAGUCCAACCCCCUGCUCAAAGCAGGACCAAUCCCCAAUUAAAUCAUCAAUCAACAUGGACCAGGCAGCUAUGGUAUCCUUUCCUGAUUCAGCCAUCUGUCAGGUGAUCAGCCUUCCAUCCAUUCCUCAUUUUUCCCAGGAUGCUGGCUGCACUUUUCAUCCCAACCUGAAUGUACUUCGUCUCAGAACUUGGCUCCUCAAUGGUUCAUGGGAUUACAGUUGACUUGUUCUAAGGAGGUACAAUGAGUAUUAUUGGACAGCAGCAAAGAUUCCAGGAGAUGUGCUUACUUCCACAAAUGGAAAAGAUUCAGCCUAUGAUGUGUCCAGAGAAGUGUUCCACCUCUUAAUUCUUACCUCUUGAUCAUCCUUAAUUACCUCAUAGCUAAAAAAAACCCAGGAUUGUCUUUCAGCUCUGUCAGGGUCCAUUUGGCGGCUAUAACAGCCUUCUGUUCAGCAGUUGAAGGAUUCUUCACCCUAUGAUGUUGCACCCCAUAAUUCUUAAUGGAAAUAUGCUUAUGAAUGUAUAUAUGACACAACUGGAAUAUAUUUUAUGCUACAUAUGCCAUGUAACAUAUCUCUGUAAAGUUUAUGAUCUAUUGAAUAUAUUCAUCCUAUUUGUAUACAUGUUUCAUUUUUGUAUUCAAAGUUAUGAAUAUUGACUAUGUAUUUGUUUAAUUUUAAGUAGCCUCAGUGAAGCAGUUGGUCAGCUUCCUGAGAAAAGACUGUUUUCAGUAAAUGUCUAAUCAAGAAACACUUAAGCCAACAAUGAACUUGGAGACGCCAAUCCACAUCUGAUCUUUCCCAGGAAUGUGGCCUGGCUGGUAAGGAACUCAGUUAUGCAUGGACAUGUGACAUGCCCAUGUGACUCCAAAACUCCAUCUUGGAGCUGCACUCUGGAUAGGAGAGAGGAGGAGGUCUCCACCCACAAGAGAGAGUCUAUUUAAGCCCCUGGGAGACCCCUCCAUUUUGUCUUCAGCUGGCUCAAGAGAUGACCUUUCCACCCCCAAAAGGAUACCUAAAAGAAACGGGAACAAAGGACAGUGUAAACGGGUGUGAGUGGUUGCUGGACCCAGACUAGAAGGAGGCUAGUCUGUAAAAGAAGCUUACUAGAACAUCUCUUAGGGUGGUUUUUCAUCUGUAAUCAUUUUCUGACUCUAUUGGGCAUAGACUUGCGUGUUUUAUUUUAUUUUGUUUGGUAAUUUACUUUGUUCUGUCUCUUAUCACUUGGAACCACUUAAGUCCUACUUUUUGUAUUUAAUAAAAUCACUUUUUACU